GGAGUGCCCGGAGAAAACCCACGCAGUCACGGGGAGAACAACCAAACUCCACACAGGCGGGGCCGGGGAUUGAACCCAGGUCCUCAGAACUGUGAGGCUGACGCUCUAAUCAGUCGCCCACCGUGCCGCCGUUUGAUUUAUACAUUAUAUAUUAUUAUAUAUUACGUAACUUGAUAUGCUCCAAUUAUCCUUCUGAGACCUACUGUAUGCUUUGAUUUAGGAUGCAUGUCUCAAUACAGGCAAUGCAGUGCAGCACUACACCACACAAAAUACAACUGAAAAAGAUAAACAUACAGUAGUGUAAAAAAUACAUACUUCUGACAGUGCGAACUCAGCAUUAUUAUUCUUAUAGAAUAGACUGACUAUAUAUCUCUUUUAAAUCUGGAAUUCUUUCCCAUUCUUGCUGGCUGCUCAUUGGUCAUUCGCGGAAGUCAGUGACAACGCUGGCGUAUCGCAAAUCACAUGGCAGUACGUUUAAUGAAGUCCCGCCCCACCUGCACACUGGCUGCUCAUUUGUCAUUCACCGAAGAUUCAGAAGUGAGUGACAGAACUCAACUCAAUCUGUUUGCAUAACCAAAGAAUUUCUGCACAAACUGUCAGAAACCGUAUCAGGGAAGCUCAUCUGUGCCCUGCGAUUGGCUGGCAACCAGUUCAGGGUGUACCCCGCCUCCUGCCCGAUGACAGCUGGGAUAGGCUCCAGCACGCCCGCGACCCUAGUGAGAAGAAGCGGCUCAGAAAAUGGAUGGAUGGAUGGAUGGAUGGAAGCUCAUCUGCAUGCUCGUCAUCCUCAUCAGGGUCUCGACCUGAUUCCAACCCUCACCGGAAAUGAGUCCGACUUACUGCCGGCAAUGCGGACCAAGCUCUGACACCGGUCGUUCAGGGACCGAACAGCCCGUAUCAGGGGGUUCAGUACCCCAUACUCCUGAAGCACCCCCCACAGGACCCCCCGAGGGACACAGUCGAACGCCUUCUCCAAGUCCACAAAACACAUGUAGACUGGUUGGGCGAACUCCCAUGCACCCUCGAGGACCCUGCCGAGGGUGUAGAGCUGGUCCACUGUUCCACGGCCAGAACAAAAACCACACUGCUCCUCCUGAAUCUGAGAUUCGACUUCCCGAUGGACCCUCCUCUCCAGCACCCCUGAAUAGACUUUACCAGGGAGGCUGAGGAGUGUGAUCACCCUGUAAUUGGAACACAACCUCCGGUCCCCCUUCUUAAAAAGGGGGACCACCACCCCAGUCUGCCAAUCCAGAGGCACUGUCCCCGAUGUCCAUGCGAUGUUGCAAAAGCGUUUCAACCAGGACAGCCCGACAACAUCCAGAGCCUUUAGGAACUCCAGGCAAAUUUCAUCCACCCCCGGGGCCUUGCCACCGAGGAGCUUUUUAACCACCUCGGUGACCUCAACCCCAGAGAUAGGAGAGCCCGCCUCAGAGAACCCAGACUCUGCUUCCUCAUGGGAAGGCGUGUCAGUGGAGUUGCGGAGGUCUUCGAAGUAUUCUCCCCACCGACUCAUAAAGUCCCGAGUCGAGGUUAGCCACGCCCCAUCCCCACUAUACAAAGUGUUAGUGGUGCACUGCUUUCCCCUCCUGAGAUGCCGGAUGGUGGACCAGAAUUUCCUCGAAGCCGUCUGAAAGUCUUUUUCCAUGUCCUCACCGAACUCCUCCCAUGCCCAAGUUUUUGCUUCAGCGACCACCAAAGCUGGAUUCCGCUUGGCCAGCUGGUACCCAUCAGCUGGCUCAUGAGUCCCACCAGCCAAAAAGGCCCGAUAGGACUCCUUCUUCAGCUUUUUUUUUUUUUUUUGUCCUGUUCAGCUUUUAGGUCAAGCAGAAUGAAAAAUCUGUAUCCCUUUCAUGCCGGAACAGUUUUACUGUGUCACAGUUGAGUUUUUAAGCUUCCGCUGUGGUAUUAUAAUUGAGGUUUAUUGAGAAUCAGACUUGAUCAGUCGAACAGAACAAAGUUUCUAGAAGGGAGAGAGAAACAAAGACAAAAGACAAAGCACUAAUUGUAAACAGGAUGAGAGAAGUAAAUCAUUACAUUAUCUACAAGAAUAUUAUUAAAUAUGAGUGUUGCAUGGAACAGUGCUGUAGUGCUGCACCCUGUGAGGGAAGGACAGGAAAAGAUAGAACAGGACAAGGACAGGAGAAGAAGCAUGCAGGACAAGGGUCGUGGACCUGACUGUACAACUGAAGUGUGGUGGCAUUAAUUAUGUGAAUUAUAAAAGUCUACAGGACGAGAGUAUAAGUGAGGGGAUACACACGUGAUUUGCAUAUUCAUGAGUUAUUUGUAGCACUAAAUGCGUGACCCCACACCCUGUGAAAGGGUCCUAGGGGUGUGUGUCUGUGGAUAUAUGCAAGUGAAUUGAUUGAUCGGGGGGCAAUAAGUAUACCCACACCUGCUCGGCGCCUCUCACUGUGGGCAACUCGAGAGUGGAAGAGAGUCCAACCCCUCUCGAGAGGACUGGUACCAGAGCCCAAGCUGUGUGUGGAGGCGAGCCUAACUAUAUCUCAUCGGAACUUCUCGACCUCACACACCAACUCGGGCUCCUUCCCUGCCAGAGAGGUGACAUUCCUCGUCCCUAGAGCCAGCUUCUGUAGCCGGGAAUCGGAUCGCCAAGGUCCCUGCCUUCCGCCACCGCCCAGCUCACACUGCACCCGGACCCUAUGGCCCCUCCCACAGGUGGUGAGCCCAUGGGAAGGGGGACCCACGUUACCCUUUCGGGCUGUGCCCGGCCGGGCCCCAUGGGUGCAGGCCCGGCCACCAGGCGCUCGCCUUCGAGCCCCACCUCCAGGCCUGGCUCCAGAGGGGGGCCCGGGUGACCCGCACGUCCGGGCAAGGGAAAACGUCUUCCUGAAGUGGUUUUGUAUGUCUUGCAUUUUUUAAUAAUUGGUGAUUAGUUGAUUUCUUCACACCAAGCUGCUUACCUAUUGCUGAUUCAGUCUUCCCAGCCUGGUGCAGGUCUGCAAUUUUGUUUCUGGUGUCCUUUGACAGCUCUUUGGUCUUGGCCAUAGUGGAGUUUGGAGUGUGACUGUUGGAGGUUGUGGACAGGUGUCUUUUAUACUGAUAACGAGUUCAAACAGGUGCCAUUAAUACAGCUAACGAAUGGAGGACAGAGGAGCCUAUUAAAAAAGAAGUUAUAGGGACGUGAGAGCCAGAAAUCUUGUUUGUAGGUGACCAAAUACCUAUUUUCCAACAUAAUCUGCUAAUAAAUUAUUUAAAAAUCAGACAAUGUGAUUUUCUGGAUUUUUUUUCGAAUUUUGUCUCUCAGAGGUGAGGUAUACCUAUGAUGAAAAUUACAGGUCUCUCUCAUCCUUUUAAGUGGGAGUCCUUGCACAACUGGUGGCUGACUAAAUACUUUGUUGUCCCACUACACUGGUUUAUAUUCACCCGCGAGGGGUUGCGAGAGGGUGAGAUGGAGACAGUUGGACUCGGCCUAGCCUAUGUCAUAUCGAAAGUGACGGAUGUUUUGUUGUAAUGCUGAAUUCCAGCAGUAGGGGGUGCCAUAAAUUAUGGAUUAUAGCUUUAAGGAUGGAUGGAUUUUUACUCAUUAUUUUUAUCGCGUUAAGUUCUACUUUUGGAGAAUCAUCAACACGUAUCAGUGAGGGUGCACUCAUUGGGUGACAAAAUUGUUCAUGGGGGUACACAAGACAAAAAAGGUUGGGAACCACUGUCACAGACAAUUGGAGGGUGCUGGGUGGGCCACGCCGUUUGUUAUGAGCUCUGUAUAAAGACACAUCGUCUCAACAGGUUCAAAUAACAAUUGGUGUGACACAUUGGUAUUAAUGCCUUGUAUGGAGAGGUCACUUUUAAUUAUGUUUUCAUUCAUUCUGGUCGGACAAAUGGUGGUGGGGAUGCGUGGUGUAGUCUACACCAGGGAGCCGCUUUGAUGAGGAUCCAGUUCGAGAGUCAAGUUACAGGCGACAGUGUUUGACACUGUAAGGCUGUAGCCAGCUCAGUGGCCAAGGACGCUGUAUUAGAGGGAGCAUCAUGGCAAAGAAGGCUACAGGUUCACCUCAACACUGGAGAGAUGUGAGAGAAUGGAGCUUUUUUUUUUUUGUGUGCUGAUUUUUGGGUUUGAACAAACUGAACAACAUAUCUUGCUCCACUUGUACUUUGACCGUGUAAUAUUAACCAACAAUUAUCCACAUUCAGAGGAAGGACAUUACAGUCGUUAUUUGCAUAAUAGAUUUUACACAUCUCUAGGCCGCAGUCUGUUUGUCUUUCAUACAUGGUAAAUAUUCAAUAAUUUCAUUUAAAAGGCAGAAUCUUGAAAUUUUGUAAGUGUCAUGAACAGAAGAGAGAAUAGUACCCAAAAAUGCACGACUCCACUACAAAUGGACAGUUUAAAAAAAAGUGAGGUUUAAUAUAUGGGCAGAGGUCGGUAGACAGGCAGGCAAUCCAAAAAAAAGGCAACAGUAUCCAAAAACGUGAGGCAAAAAGGCAAGGUAGAUAAUCGGAACAGGGUCUAGUCUUACUGUGAGUCUGUGACGUAGAAACAAGGAAUGCUGGAACACGACGACAAGGUACAACGAACUGGCGACUAGAAAGUAUGAGACACGAGGUUAAAUGCAAGGGGUAAUUAGGGUGAACGAGGCACAGGUGGGGAAGAUGCUCUCAGGAGCAGGCGUGUACGAGACAGGGGGGAAACAACAACCGGAACACACACACCCAUGACAGUAAGACACAAUUCCUAUCUCCUUUAAUGAAUUAGUUUUUUAGGAGCCACCUCCUGCUGUGGAGUUAUUAACGCUCCACAUCUUAAAUGAAUUGCUAAAUAAUUAUCCACUCUAUCCAGUGCCUGAUUGACAGAUUAUUUAGAUCACAGGUGUCAAACUGAAGGCCCGGGGGCCAGAUCCAGCCCGCCACAUCAUUUAAAGUGGCCCACAAAAUCAUGUGCAUCUUUUUUAUGUUUCUUGCUGAAAACUGUACAAAAAAUUGUAAAUUGCCUUAACUGUUAGCAAUGUUGAAAUAUUGCAAGCAUUUUUUUUCUUACUAAACCCCUUUUUUUGUUUUUACAAUGAAUUGAACAAUAAUCAAACCAACUAUUUGAAUUGACUUCUGUUUUGAAAAAAAGAUAUCCAUUAAUUUGUUAUGGACAUGUGAAAAUAGGAUGAGGUGGUUCUGUUGGCUUCAUCAAGCCGCAAUCUUCGACUCUCACUGGAGCGGUUCGCAGCCAGGUGUGAAGUGGCAGUACCUCCAAAUCUGAGGCCGUGGUCCUCCAGUCGGUAAAAGGGUGGCGUUCCCUCCUCAUAUGAAUCAGAUUUGUGCCAAAUAGAAUUUUAAAAAAUUACUUAAAUUGCAAACAAAAAAACAAUACUAUCAAACAAAACUUAAUAAUAAAUACUUAAUAAAUAUUUACUUUUAAGAGGAUUAUUUAUAAAAAAUUUUUUGCUUAAGUUAGUUUAUAUCUCUCAAAGUCAUAUUUUUCAUUUGCGAUUCAAUACGUUUUGUUUGACAGUUUAUUUUUUUGUUUGCGAUUUAAGAAAAAGUUGUUUGAUUCUUUUAGGCACAAAUCGGAUUCCAUAUCGUCAUGUAAGGAAUGAGAUCCUUCCCCAAGUGGAGAAGUUCAAGUAUCUUGGGUUUUUGUUCACGAGUGAGGUAAGAAUGGAGCUGAAGAUUGACAAGCAGAUUAGUGCAGCGUCUGCAGUGAUACGGUCGCUGCAUCGGUCUGUCGUGGUGAAGAAAGAGGUGAGCCGAAAGGCGAAGCUCUCAAUCUACCGGUCGAGCUACAUUCCUACGCUCACCUACGAUCACAAGCUGUGGGUCAUGACCAAAAGAACAAAAUCGCAGAUACAAGCGGCCGAAGUGAGUUUCCGCCACAGGGUGACCGGACUCUCCCUGAGAGGUAGGAUGAGAAGCUCGGUCAUCCGGGAGGGGCUCAGAGAUGAGACAAAGCAUCGAGAGGAGCCAGAUGAGAAUGCUUCACUGGAGAAAUGUCCUCGCUGUGAUUGUGGAAUCAGUCCAGAUGAUGUGACAGCAAAAGUCAAGACAAAUGCUGUUAGGUCAAGUAGAAUGGAGGAUCUGUAUCCCUUUUAUGCCGGAAGACAUCACCCAAUCAAUCGAGAGGCGAGUUCGGGCCCAGGAGUCAACCCGAGAGCAGCCCGGCGGACGGGACACGUCCCACACCGAGUGACCCAGGGUGGUCCACCGGCCCCACCGAGGCCCCACGACAACCGACCACCCGGAGGAGGCCGCAGGGACCCAAUGCCACUCCACCGAGCCAACCACCACCCCCACAGCCGCCCCACGCGCCCUGCCACCCCCUCCUCUACCCCCAAGGGUCAUCACGUGUCCUAAAAAUCAAUUUGGUGGUCAAUUCCAUGUUGUUCCCAUGUGCUAAAAUAAAGGGGUAAAUUGUUAA